GAGAGAGAAAGGAGGAGGAGGAGGUGGGGAAAGACCUGGAUGAAUUAACAGACUCAGCAGCAGCUGCUGCUGCAAUUCAAGAAGAGACACUGUCAUUCCCUCCACUUGUCUCACACCCACUCCUUUGAAGAGAGGGACAGAUAGAGGAUCUGACGGACAGGGAGAAGGCGAGGGGGAGCUGUCAGGGGUGCUGCCCAAGGAGCCAGAAGCCACUGAGGAGAGGAGAAGGAUGCCUGCCGGUCUGACGAACAUGGGGACGCCCAGAAAGACUGGAGAUACUUGUCUGCAUCGCAGCUGCUUUGCGGAUCUCUUUGGGCUGAAGUCACGCAGUUGGAGCCCUGUUGCUGCCUGCUGGGAGGGAGACUGGGAGUGAAAGAUAAACCAGCAGCUGAUACCCCAGGACUCCAAGCCCUUCACUUUCCUUCUAGAUCUCCUCCCCACCACACCCCCCAACAUCUCAGUCCCACUGGCCUCUCCCAGACUGCAGAAAUCACAGCCUUAGAAAGGGUUUAUUUCCAGCCUUAGUUUCUCCUGAUUGUCCCAGGCACAAGCCACCCAAGGAGUCUAUAUUGUUGGGCUGAUGUUGAGUCCUCCAGGAUUUUGACCAUCAAUGUGGAGAACCUAUUAUCUGGAUUUCAAAUGCUGUUCCUCUGCUCGUGCACUAAACAGACCUAAAUCACUCCAGGAAAAGGCCCUGUUGCUUCUGCUGAAUCGGAGCUGGAUUUGCUUUGCAACUAAAAUAUACCUUUGGUUUCAGUGGAGUUAAAUUUCUUGGCCUGGCUUCAUCUCGGCUUCAGCGAAACAGGCAUUCAUUCCCAGCAGACAAAUGCAUGAAAGGGAAUGAGAAAGUUUUUUUCAUGGGCUCAAACCAUUGUCCCAAGGGUGUUGAUGAACUGGAAGAAAAAGAUCCCUGAUUUUAGUUGCUUUCCUCUCAUUUUUGAUCACUUGAAGGAUCAAUGGAAGGUGUAGACUGAUGGAUACAGCUACGUUUCUUUUUGCUCUCCACUUCAUACACUAUAAAGGGUGAUGAAUGGGCUACUAAAGUGCUGUCCGAGGAGUCAGGACCCUGUCGUUCCUGGCCCACCCUUCAUGGUGCAUGGUGUGCUAGUGACUGUGGCCCUGGCACUUGAUAGACAAUGGGUCUAAGGCCCGGCCUUCUCCUGCAGCCAGCAUGUAGCCACCUUCAGGCAUGAAUGACUCCCACUUACUCCUUCUUCUGCCUCCAUGUGACAUGUUUCUCAAGACCAACUAAAAUGGGCACAGGCUGCACUUGGCUGUGGGGAGAGGGGCCCAUGUCCCGCUGCUCCUCUGCCAUGCUCCUGACCCCUUUCCUGAUUGCCAUGGCAAUGGCCUUCUCUGAGGCCAGUGCCAGCUGCCCCGUCCUCUGCACCUGCCGCAGCCACGUGGUGGAUUGCAGCGGGCAGAGGCUCUUCUCGGUGCCCCCUGACCUGCCCCUAGACACCAGCAACCUGAGCCUGGCGCAUAACCGCAUCACCACUAUCCCACCGGGCUACCUCACCUGCUAUGCUGAGCUGAGGGUGUUGGACCUAAGGAAUAACUCCCUGACGGAGCUGCCUGCUGGGCUCUUCCUGACUGCCAAGCGGCUGGCCCACCUGGACCUGAGCUACAACAACUUCAGCCAUGUGGCUGCUAAUAUGUUCCAAGAGGCCAACAGCCUGGUGAGGAUUGACCUGAGCCACAACCCGUGCCUGCGAAAGGUGCAUCCCCAGGCUUUCCGGGGGCUAACCCAGCUCCAUGACCUGGACCUCAGCCAUGGGGGGCUGUCCUUCCUCAGCCUGGAAGCCCUGGAGGAUCUCCCGGGGCUGGUGACCCUACAGAUCGGGGGCAACCCCUGGGUGUGUGGCUGCACCAUGGAGCCACUCCUGAAGUGGCUGAGGAAUCGCAUCCAGCACUGCACCUCAGAUUCCCAGCUGGCCGAGUGCCGUGCCCCACCCGAGGUGGAGGGAGCCCCCUUGUUCUCACUGACAGAGGAGAGUUUCAAGGCCUGCCACUUGACCUUGACGUUGGACGAUUAUCUCUUCAUUGCCUUUGUGGGCUUCGUUGUCUCUAUUGCCUCCGUGGCCACCAAUUUCCUGCUGGGCAUCACUGCCAACUGCUGUCACCGCUGGAGCAAGGCCAGCGAGGAUGAGGAGAUAUAGGUGCAUGGUCCUGGCCACAGUGCCCUUCCCCCAAUGGCUGGGGAGAUGUCAUUGAGAGCUGGGGCUGCCUGGGUCGGGGCUGGCUGGCUGUGCUCAGUGCUGUCACAAGCUGCUCCAUCUUCUAUCCGCAGCUGCAGCUGCCUGGGGAAACCAGCAUCUCCGCUCCCAGUCCCUUCUGAUCCCCCAGCCACUGUGCCCAGUGGGGCGAGGCCUGUGAGGCAAGGAGAUCUAGCCGUGCCUUGUACUAACCCCUUCACAUUGCCGGCGGCAUUGGAGACAGCCAACGAGACAAGGCCCAACGCCACUCACAACACUGAUGGGCUGCCACAACCCAAGUCAGUCACCAGUUCUGCUCUUCACCAUGUCCAGCACACUCAGACACAACAUCCACCCCCACACAUGCAUCCCCUUCUGUGCCAGCUCUUGUCCCACAUCUGCCUACAAGCCUAAAACAAGGAGUUGGGCGGGGGAGGGAAUAUAUAUGGCAGACGUCAAGUGGACUUGCAACAGCUGUAGCUCUCCAGGGUUGGACAGCUUACAGCUCAUCAGUUCUGUUUGUGCUGUGGGGCCUGUGGCCAUGGAUGCUGUGGUAUCCUGGGUGGAAGUACUACUAAGAGUCCUGAGGCGUGGCAUCUCUGACGGCCAGAGAGGCAGGUUUAACUCCGAGGAAUGGCCCCACCACUGAGACGUACUAUUGCAUGGUUGGAGAUGCCAGAACAAGGAUCUACUGUUUUCUAGCUGGUCCUCGGUUGGAUGGCCAUUGGCGUUGAGGGAGAUCUGCCCAUGCACGGUUCUCUGGAUGAAGUCGAAAAGUCAAUAGGUCAGGGAGUUUGAACUUGGUCCGUAACUCAAGACUAGGGGUCAGGGAAAGGGUGAGUGUACUGGCAAACCUGAGGGGGAAGUGCCGAGAUAGAGUAACAGGGAGGCUGUAGGUUAGGACUGAAGGGUGUCAGCAGAACUGGUGGGGGAGCCUAAGACAGCUGGGACAGCAAGGGGGCCGUGAGUUGGGAUUGAGGCACAUUAACAGAACUGUGGAUGAGAGGUAUCAGCAAAACUGAGGGCUGUGGGGACACCAGCGCUGGGACAGCAGAGGGCUGCAGGUCGGGCCCGAUAGGCAUCACCAGAGCAGUGUGGGAAUGGGAAGCCCAGGACUGGAAUAGCAGGAUAGAAAGGGAUUGACAGAGCUGUGGGGGAAGCCCACAGCACUGGAAUAGCAGGCAGGGUGCAGUUGGGAUUAAGGGGCGUUGGCGAGGGGGGGGGGAAAGCUGGGAUAGCAGGGGGGUUGCAGGCUAAUAUUGAGGGACAUCAGCAGGGUCAAGGACUGGACUAGAAAGCUAUGCCCCGGGGAGGAUUAUGGUGCAGUCUCAGGGCUGGAACAGGUUUCAGAGUAGCAGCCGUGUUAGUCUGUAUUCGCAAAAAGAAAAGGAGUACUUGUGGCACCUUAGAGACUAACAAAUUUAUUAGAGCAUAAGCUUUCGUGAGCUACAGCUCACUUCAUCGGAACAGUAGGUGGUGCUGCCGGUCAGGUUAUAAAGUGCUAUGACAGUGCGAGUGGUGACCAAAAGGGGCUACUCUGUACUGGUGCUACCCAUGUAGGUCUAGCUGGAGCGCUCUAUUUCUCCCCAUCGUGGACAUUAAAAUUGCAGAUUGAAAAACAAACACGCUUUUAAAAAGAAAGGGAGAGACCAUCUGCUCUGCCCUAGCAACUGCUCCGCUUAGUCCGUCUGUGUCCACAUACCCACUGCUAAGGGGUGGGUUGGGGAGCUAAUGCCAGAUCCUCAAGGUAAGUGGUUAUUAGCCUGGCAUUACAGAUGCGGAAACUGAGGUACUGAGUGAUUGGCAUGACUUUCCUAAGGCCACAUGGGCAUAGGCGUGGAUAGAACCCACAAUGCCCAGCUCUUGCCACACUAACCCCAGCACACACAGCCACUCCCCAAUAACUUAUCUAAGAACUGGAUCAACGUGACCAAGAUCAUUUGGGAACAAUGGCUCAUUUUUGGGACGAGCUCCUCCCAACAUCAGCUGCCACUGGUGAAGUUGGAUGUAACUUUUCUUUCGGAAGGAUUUAGAUGUGCCUCUGGCAUUUUGUGGGAUGACGCAAAUAAAGGACGCUAUCGCCAAUGUUCCCAGCAGAAGAGCAACCUUCUAUAACCAUAUGUCUUAGAGAACUCUGUGCUCUCUGAUGUAUAACUAAUAUAUUUUGAGACUUGUAUAUUUUUUGUUUUUGCAUAGAACUAGGACCAAACCCAAUGCCAAAUGCCACCAGAGCUUUCCAGAUUAUGUCCUUCAGUCUCGCCACCACCGGAAAGUAAGGAGGCAAAAAAUCUGUCCGUGUGGGACAGCUCCCUUUAAGGAGUUUGUUUUUAUGUGGCUCGCAGAAAUCUCUGCAGCUGAUCCAAACAGGGCUAAGAAAUGAGAAGCCUUUAAUCACAGUGUAGAUUUACAUUCCAUUCUCAUUCACACAUAAACCCGGGCCCACACACGUUCCUGUCAUCUAGCUGUCAAGAACUGGAAAGAGCACAUAGGUAAUGUAGCAGUUUGCUCAUCAGAAUCAUUUGCCCUCCCCAACCUUAAGCCCCCUUAAUGGAUUUCCUACACAUCUUAAAAAAAAAUGCACUUCUACUCUGGAAAAUGACAAUGUGAGAAUGACACCUUCUGACUCAGCAUAUCUGUCCCCUAGGUGCAUCAAAUCAGCCAACUUUAGUUGCUACAAUAAACUUUGGCUAUGCAAAGUCAGUGCACAAUGGAUUCCGCUCCACAAAGGAAUUAUUAACUUACUUUGGUAAUACAGACACGCCUGGGAGGGUGGUUGGUAGUGGGGGUCAAACCACAGAAUUCUGGAUCAUCUCCUUCCAGCUCGCUUAGCCACCCUAUUUAUAGCAGCCCCAUCAAACUCUAGUUAGCCUAGUCACCCCCAGAGGGGGACAGAGCCCCAAGUUGAGCAGAUAUUGCUUAUACUUCUCUAUGUUUAGAUACUUAUCUGCCCCCUGUUACUGUAGAACCUGAAAACCUCACAAUCUUUAACAUACUUCACAUCAUCCCCAUGAGGCUAGGAAGUACUAUAGGUGGGAAGCUAAGGCUUAAUCAAAAGUGUAAGUGAUUUGCCUAACAUCAAAGAGGGCUCAACUUGCAGAGGAGGGAAUUGAACCCAUGUUUAGUAAACCUUGAUGGCAGUGGGGGUGGCGCAAAAGUCAUUGAGGGCAUAAUAUGGCCCACAGGAUCUUCCCCACUUGCCAGACAUGUGAAGAAGCCAGUCCAUGUGGCUUCUGAGGGAAGGGUAGGACCUCCUCGCAGAACUAGCAAAGUUUCAGAAGAAGGGGGAAUGGGUCCCAAAGAAACAGAAGCCAACAAGACAUGCAGGACAGAUGAAAGGUGCAAGGAUGAAAGGAGGCUGAGACGGACAAUAAAAGAGAUCCAGAGGGGGAACAUGGAGCAGAGAAUCCUGGAGAGCACCCAUUGAUCCAAGAAGAGAUUGAGGGACCCAGGGGAUGAACUCUGGAGUGAGGGCAAGGAAAAUGAAAAGACCCCAGCUUGACUUUUAGAUCUUAGAGAGGCUGAGCUUACGGAACUGGCAGUCAGAAGAGCUUAUAAACUGAGCAUGUGACACAGCCUCACCUUUCUGGAGAAGACCUGCACCUUGAGUUUCAUUUUUUUCUUGUGUGUUCAUUGCAUUUAGGUACAGUACAUUGUGUGUGUGUGAUUUAAUGAGUGCCAAGCUCAGAGAAUCAGACCCUGGCUGAGGGAAGGAGCAGCUCCCAGCCCUUUGCAUGCCUGCUGCUGUCAUUCCCUAGCUGCUAUGUCUGAGGGCUCCUCCAGUCCAAAUGCAGAAUCGACUGAGCCAGAACACAAAGGAUUUUUUUCCCCACACCUUUUGAAUUCUGAAUGGGCCAACCCCAAUGCCCAGUGUCAAGGAUAGUCUUUGAUGUCUUAGCCACAUUACAGCACUAGAGAAUCAAGACCCUCACCACUGAGGCAAUUGCUGGCAUACCUUGGGGACAAAUGUGGUGUCUUAUUUUUAACAAACCUUUUGCACCCUAAAAAUGGCCUUUGUUUCAAAAAGAAAUAUUGUUUUUAAUCUGUUUGUUUCUUAUGGUCAUUAAACCUGAAAACAAGACAAUUUUGAUUUCAGGUGUUUUCUUUUUUCCUCCCUCUUUUCCCCCAAUUUUUCAGUGACAAAAAUCAAAAAGGGAGAGAAAAAAAACUGAAAACCCACACGCUGAAGAAAUGAACAUUUUCAAACCCCUAAAUUGCUCUACAAAUGUUAUGUAUUUUAUUUCAAAAAUUUCUAUUAUUCUCAAAGAAAUCCAAUAAUAGACAUUUUAAAAAAGUUUUUCCUUCUUUUAUCCUUUUUGCUUCCUUCUUCCUCUUUUUCAGUUGGAAAAGGAGGAAAAACAAGUGUUUUGGUUUUUUUUUAAAGGAGAGGAAAGAAAUCAAAACCAAAAACAUUUUUAGAACCAAACACUUUCUACAAAAAUGUAUUUUAUUUCAAAAUUUUGCAUUGUUCGCAAAAAAACCAAGAGUUGAAUUUUUAUUUUAUUUUUCCUUUUUAUCCCUCCCUUUCCCCUCUUUUCCCUCCCACAUUUCUUCAGUGGGAAAAGAGCAAAGAAAAGGAGGGAAAAUGGGGGGGGGUAAAAAGAAAGGGAAAAAAAGAUUUUCAAAAUCAAACAUUUUAUAUUAAAAAUUUUGCCAAAAAAUAAUUGAAACCCAUGGAAUGAAAAUGAAAUUGAAAAUUUUGAAUCCCCCCUCCAAAAAUUUUUGGAUCAUUUUUCCGCCAGCUGUAGUUGGAGGGAACCCUGAGCCAAGUCUACACUACAAAAUUUUGCCAGCAUAGCGGUGUUGGCUAGGAGUGUGGGGAAAAAAAAAUCACACCCCCCACUGACAUAAUUAUGCCUUCAAAUCCCCCCACCCCACUCCUGUAUAGACUCAGCCUGUACCAGCAAGAGAGCACAUUUGCCAGUUUAGCUUAUGACAUUCAGGGAGGUGGUGAUCCUAUGUCGGCACAACUCUUUUUUGCUAGUAUGUGCCAAGUCUCCACAAGGAAACUGUGCCAGUAUAGCUAUACAGAGCCAUUGUACUGUAGACUAGCCCUCUCUUUUGCCAGACCUUCAUUGGACCUCUGCUUGUGAUGCGUAUGAGGGAUCAGCAGAGCAAAUCCUCAGAGCUGGGAUAUCCCAGUCCUGCCACCAUCUUGCAGCGGACAACGGGGAAGCUAUGGGCGGAGCUGGAGAAACGAGGCUUUUCACAAAAACCACAUCCCACAUGGUGUUUGAGCUGGACUGGUGUGCUCUGCUUAGCUGGGGCUCUCUUCCUUCUAUUCACCCCUCUCCCAGCAGCUGUCCUUUGCCAUGCUUAGUGUCUGUGGUUGAGGAGGGGCGGGGGAAAGAUUAAAAUCUUUCUACAGAGAUUUUAUAAACGUGAACUUUUGUACCUGUGAGAAUUUUUUCAUAAAUGUAUAUUAAUAAUAAAGAGUAAACAG